AUGCCUGCUCCGGUGCGCCGCGAGCUCGACAUGAACUCGGAAUGGGUUCGCUCCAACAUCUGCACGGCACCAGGCUUCCUCGAGCGCUACUUUACCAGCUCCAGGCUGCACUUUCUGAGCAUCUGGAAGGCCGACCUGCGCGACAAGCUACUCAAGGUCACUGCCCAGUCCGGCUCCAGCUCCAGCUCCGGCGGCUCCAGCUCCAACCGCCAUCUGUCGAAGGAAACCGUCCGCACCAUCAUGCAUGUGGAUAUGGACUGCUUCUUCGCCUCGGUCGCCCUGACGACGCGGCCCGAACUGGCGGACUGCCCCGUCGCCAUUGCCCAUACCCAAACCGAAAGCCCUGCAGCCGUGUCGACCUCGGAGAUUGCCUCCUGCAACUACGUUGCGCGCCGCUCGGGUGUCUCGAACGGCAUGCGAGUCGGCAAGGCCAGGGAGAGGUGUCCCGAUCUCAAGGUGCUGCCAUACGAGUUUGCAAAGUACGAGCGCAUCUCCCAGCAGCUCUACGGCAUCCUGAUGGAGUUUGGUUGCUUCGUGCAGGCCGUCAGCUGCGACGAGGCCCUGGUCGACGUCUCGCACGCUGUUUCCCAGCGCAGACUCGGCCAAGAGAUCGAGAUCGCCGAACGCAUCCGGGCCAGGGUCAAACUCGAGACCGGAUGCGUCGCCAGCAUCGGGAUCGGCCCCAAUAUCCUCCUGGCCCGCAUCGCAACCAAGAAGGCCAAGCCCGACGGCGUCUUUGCCAUAUUCGAGGACAACUGCCAGGAGAUCCUGGACCAGCUCGACAUUGGCGAUCUCCCUGGGAUAGGCAGUGCCACAGCAGCCAUCCUCGCACCCCGCGGCAUCGCCAAGUGCAUUGAUGUUCGGACCAAGCCGCGCGAUGUUGCGUCGGUGCUGGAUGCCCGGCUGGCGCAAACGCUGAACGAGUAUGCUCGUGGUAUCGAUCCUCGUGCGCUCGAGAACAAACCCCGGCAGAGCGUCGGCGCCGAUGUGACCUGGGGCGUGCGCUUCGCCGACAUUGGCCAGGUCCGCCAGUUCUUCAAGGAGCUCUCCGAGGAAGUUGCAAAGCGCAUGCAGUCGGGCCAGUACAAGGGCCGGCACAUACAGCUGCUCAUCAAGAAGCGGCAGUACGAAGGGGAGCCGCCAAAGCUGCUCGGCCACGGGCCAUGUGAAAACAUAUGCAAGUCCACGACCUGCCCUGGCUGGAUCCGCACCGGCGACGAAAUCUUCAAGGUGGCGUGGGAACUCCUCACACAGAUCUGCAUCCAGGUGGACGAGAUCCGCGGAGUGGGCAUCCAUGUAUCCAAGAUCGUCUCGGGCCACCUGUCGUCCGAGAAGCAGAGCAAGGCUGCCUUUUUGGAGCGUCUUGGCUCAAUCAAAGACAGCAAGGAAGAGCUUUCUCAAGCGGGAGCAGUGCCCCCAGCCCCGAUUCCAAACGCCCCUGUCUCGCUUGCGAUUCGGUCGGCGAUCGAUCGUGCCCCACUUGCGAGACCCAAGCCUCGACCUCGCCGCGAGCCCGAAGGACUGCCCCCUGCCAAACGAACCAAGCUGCAACAACCGCCGGUUGGCACCAGCUCCAGGAAACCAGUGGGCUUGGACACUCUGCUCAGUACCGAGCACGCUCCUGUUGGUCCGAGUGUCCCAAAGGGCAUCGAUGUCGAUCCCGAGACGUGGAAGUGUCUGCCCCAGAGCCUGCGCGACGAAAUUGCUGGUGCGCUGGAGGAUGGCCCUGCACAAGAUACCCAAAAGCACCGGCUGGCCCAUACCAAAGAACUCUCGAUGAGCCAGCUGGUGCCGUCCGAGUCUCAGAUCGACCCGGGUGUGCUCCAGCUGCUCCCUGAGGCUAUCCGCAGCGAGCUCACGGUCACCAAGAAGCAACAGCCUCCACAACAACAGCAGCAAUCGCAGCGACGGCGAAGCGAGCCCAAACGUCCGCUGUCUCCUCCGAUGGCACCAAGCCCGGUCGCCUCCAUCCAGCAAAUCAAAAUCACGCAGUUCUCGGGAUUCGGCCCGGUGCCAGUCUUCAAGGGUAUAUCGUCAGCUCGCGAGCUCUACUGCCAUCUCGACAACUGGAUCGACAGCGACGGCUCGCCAAGGGAAGCCGAUAUCCAGGAAUUCUUUGACUACCUGCUGCACCUGAUCGAGGAGAUGCACUUGGAUCUGAUCCCACGACUUCUCGGCCACAUGGCUCGCCACAUUCGGUCCACACGCGGCAUUGGGGCUUUGGAGUCGCUGCAGAGGGACCAGGGCUGGGGCAACAUCGUGCAGUUGAUGUGGAAGAACAUUAAUGUGUUUGUCCAGCAGCGAUACAACAGCCCGCUGAAGCCGCCGCCUUCGCUGGCGCUUGAGGAAGGGCAACUUCGGGUGUGA